AUGGCCUCCCCUACGUUUAUCUACGGCCUUGUAGGUGCCGCAGUCGCUCUAACGCUAUAUUGGCUGCUCCGGAUUGGCAGACGGGAUCCUCGAAUGCCUCCGGGGCCUCCUACGGUUCCGAUCCUGGGCAACAUGCACAUGAUUCCAACCACCGGCCUCGGAAAGAAGUUUAUGGAAUGGUCUCUGCAGUACGGCAAAAUCUUCUCUCUCAAAAUCGGCUCCGGCAACAUCAUUGUCAUUUGCGAUCGUAAAGCCGUACACGAGCUUCUCGACAAGAAGGGCAGCAUCUACUCAGAUCGGCCUCCUAACAUCGUCCCGCUCUUCAUCACGAGAGGUGAUCAUAUGACCAUGGAGUGUCAGAGUCCAUCUUGGCGAGAGAAGAGAACUGUCGUGACACGCAAUUUGAACCCAAAAUCUUUAGAUGAGAAGCACUUCAGAGUGCAGGAGACUGAGGCCGUUAUCUUGAUGAACCGUCUUUUGGAUGACCCCAGCAAUUUCUACUCGUACUCACGCCUGUACGCCUCUUCCGUGGCUGCUAUCCUGGCCUGGGGUUUCCGAGCGACCACUCUGGAUUCAUUCUGGUACAAGGAUGUCUCUGCCAUGAUCGAAAAGUGGCUCGAGGCGAUCGAACCCGGUGCCACGCCUCCCGUCGACCUCAUCCCGUGGCUUUGGUACAUCCCUGGAAAAUGGAAGUCCCGCGUCUACAAAAUGCGAGACCACAUGGAUAAAGUCUGGAGCCAAGCACGAGCAAUGGUCGAUGACCGACGUGCUCGAGGUGAUCGUCGAGAGUGUAUGAUCGAUAUGAAGUUGGAUGAGUAUGAAAAGAACGGCUGGCCUAUGUCGCAGCACGCCUUCAACAAUCUUUUUGGCGAAUUGAUGGAAGCAGGUGCUGAUACCACGGCCAAUCAGAUUCUUACUUUGAUCUUGGCUUUGGCGAAAUAUCCUUAG